AUGGAUGCUUGGAUCUCGUUUUCCCGAUUCGGAAGUAUUGAGAAUCUCCUUCGUUGCUUUUUGGAAUAUCAAAACGCACAGGACGUUGAUUUUGUCUUCGAUUCGUCUCGGGAAUACCGCAUGAUGAAAUUAGAGAAACGAUCCCCCUACCAGGAAGGGAGUUUCUGGUACUAUGCGCCGAAUAAAGGUGCUACUAUUGCCUUUGCUAUCCUUUUCGCAGUCUCUGGUAUCCUACAUGGCUAUCAGUGCUUCAAAUAUAAAUCCUGGAAAGUGACUGGUUUGUUGCCCUGGUCUGCUCUCCUGUUUACGGUAGGAUUUGUGAUGCGGGCUAUUGGAGCCUUCGGACAGUGGGACAACCUCGCGGUUUUCAUCUCAAGUACCGUGCUCUUACUCGCUGGGCCGCCUGUCUACGAGGGAGCGAAUUAUUUCAUUCUGGGCCGCAUUCUAUAUUAUAUUCCCUACCAUGCACCAAUUCACCCGGGUCGUGUCUUCACCACAUUCAUUGCUAUGGGCAUCGCAACUGAAAUCCUCACGGCGAAUGGAGCUUCGUUGGUGUCCAACUCGAGCAAUCCGGAGAGCACCCAGAACGUAGGGAAGGCGCUGCUCAAGGCGGCUCUCAUCCUGCAGAUUGCAUUGAUGAUUGGAUUCAUGGCCCUAGCCGCUAGGUUUCAGUACAGUUGCGCUCGAGGUGGCGUCCUGAACACCAAGGUUAAACGGGCCCUCUACGUGCUGUAUUGCAGCUGCACUCUCAUCACCGUGCGCACCAUCUACCGGACUGUCGAAUACUUCAGCGCUGCCAGUUUAAAUACCCACAAUGUCGAUAAAAUGAGUCCCAUUCUCAAAGAUGAAUGGUUCUUCUGGUUCUUUGAGACUGUGUUCAUGUACAGCAAUACAACCCUGCUCAAUGUUCUUCACCCGAUGCGAUGGCUCCCACGGUCCAACAAAGUCUACCUGGCAAGGGACGGGGUAACGGAAGUCGAAGGCCCAGGCUAUGAGGACCCUCGCCAUUUUCUCCUGACUAUUUUCGAUCCAUUUGAUGUGGUUGGCCUCAUCACGAAACGGGGACAAAAGGAGAAGUUUUGGGAGAUCAACGAGGCCAACAAUGUUCAUCCAUCGUCGAAUGUCUGA